UCCGAGGGACUCCGUAUUUGACCUGGAAAUGGCGUCAUUUAGGAGUUGCUUUCGUUCUGAAAAUGUUUUAUGUUUCUCGAAGAAGAAUUGGUUGAAUUUUGGAAUAUUUAGGCCCAAAAUAUCGCGCUAUCGUACAGCACCGAUGACAUUGUCAUACCAGAUCUCAACAAGACGCAACAUGCAAAGUCUUGCAGUAACAAGCAGUAUGAACACUCACAUCCCUCUCCUUGGACCUUCAGUUCGACGUCUACUGGACUCCUAUGGUCUUGACAAACAGUCAAUAAAACCAACUGGUCACAAGGGACAGUUGUUGAAGGGAGAUGUCCUGAAAUAUAUCAAUGAAAAUUCCAAGACAGAAAUAAAGUUCAUUUCGGAGAGAGAAAUUGCCAACAAUAUCUCUAUGGCUCAUGAUUUAAAUCUGGGCUAUACAGACCUUAAUCUUAGUGGCUCAAGACAGGUGUUUGCAAGACAGUUAGUGGAUUCAAAGAACGCCAUCCCUCACACGUAUCGUACUACGGAUUGUGGUGUUGAUCUAUUGCUUAGUUUAUGCAACCAGUUCAAUGACACCAUAUCAAUUAAUGACUUUGUUAUAAAAGCAGCUGCAUUAGCGCUUCGUCAAGUACCAUAUGUGAAUGCGUCAUGGUCAGACGAUGGUCCUGUCUUGUUCAGUGGUAUUAAUAUUGCAGUUACUAUGGAUUCUCCAAAUGGCCAGAUUACUCCAGUUUUAACUAAUGCAGAUCAAAUUAAUGUAGCUGGCAUUUCUAGGACAAUUGUGGAUCUCAAAAAUAAAGCAAUGACUGGACAACUCAGCCCUGGUGAACUUCAAAACCCUUCAUUCACAAUUUCCAACCUUUUGGGUGUUAAAAGUUUCACCACAGUCAUAAACCCACCUCAAUCAGCUGUUCUUACAGUUGGUGACUGUGAAAUGACAGUUGGCAAGGAUAAUAAACUUUCAAAGAUCAUAAAUGUAACAUUGUGCUGUGAUGGAAGAAUGGUUGAUGAACAAUUAGCCUCAGAAUGGUUGACUGUGUUUAAGGAUUUGAUUGAGAACCCUUUACAAAUGGGACUGUAGUUUAUGAAUAGAAGUUUUAUC